AGAUACAGUCCUGCUGUUAUUAUUACUUUCAAUUUAUAUAUAAUAGCUGGCAAAAGCUAAUAAAAAAUGUACAGUGCUGUAAAGAAAUUACCAACUGAUAAACCAUUAGAGGAAUUGAAACAGCUGUUUCCUGAUAUGCUUCCAGACACAAACACAAUGUUCAAAAAAUGGAUAUGGAAGGAAGAGACAAAUAGUCUGGAACAAAUCAGUACUGGUCACCAAUUGACUAAUGCUUCAAGAGCUAAGAAAAUGACAAGACCAUUUAUAGCACCACAUAAGAGCAGUUCUUCAACGAAGCAAAAGAAAGCCGUGCGACAACACAAAAAAUCAGUUGUUACUUCUCCCAAACCAAGCACAGUAAAAAUUCAUACAUCUGAAACUCGACCAAUCACAUUGCAUGAUGUCAAAGUGGUAUCUUAUGAAUUGUUAAUGGCAUCGAAUGAUGUGGCAGAACUAUUUCAAGACAGUGUAAGAGAAAAUCAGUUUGAUGCCUUACUGGUUGUUUUGUUGUGCUACUUCGAUGUAUUCUUUGAUAGAAUCGCUCUUGAAAAUCAAUCCAAAUCCACGCUAAUGGAACCGAGUGUAGCAGAGAAGAAAGCAAUUUUGGUUACUAUAAACAAGGAGGAAAGGAUUAAAAAGCAGUUAGCAGAAAAAUACUGUACUUUACUUCUUGGUCUUCAAGGUGAGAAGCAACAUCACAUGGCUUGCGGAAGGCAAAGAAAAUCAUACACCAAAGCGGAUAGGGCGUUCUAUGAGACCUUAUACUCCUUCUGUUGUCUCGUUGUGUGGGUGACGUUUCGUAGAAACAGUUUAGAGCUCAUACAGGAAGAACUAGGCAGAUUAUUUCGCAGUAACGCGUUUAAUGCACAUGGCCGUCCAUUAAAUAACGAUGGUUUUAAGCUGGCAUCAGAUCUAACCACAGAGGAUAUUCAUAACAUCAAACUUGCAUCAUUCUCUUCGAAACAAAAUAAAAGACCUCCAAUCAAGUCUAUGAUCAACCAAAGAUCACCGGUGUUAGUAGCUUUGCUUCCUAAUUCGAAAGAAUCUGCAACAUGGCUGCUUGAUAGGAGUAAACCAUUUUCAAUAAAAAACAGCAAAGCUGAAGCAAAAGAAAAUGAUAAUAUUUAUGAAAUCAACGUAGAAAGUAUGAGGGUAGGCAUUAUUGGGGAAAUGAUAUCUGGUUUUAAUCCCUUCACAUUGGCUCCUUUUGAAGGAGAUGAAGAAAAUGAAGAAGAAGAAAAUAUUCAAGAUGGAAAUGUAAAAAGAUCUAUGGAAGUGGUAAGUGAUAACUCGACACAGGCUUCUGAAGGUAAGGAGAUGUGAAAUAACGUCAGUAUUAAAAGACUGGUGGAAAUAUCGUUACCGGCUUUGACAUCAUGAGUCAGCCGACGUGUGAAACGUAAUCAAACUCGAAUAUUAUUUGUGAAAGCAGAAUGAAAAAGUGGUAGCAUUCGGCGUACACUCGUCGACUAUUCGUACGGUAUAUUUAGGUUUUUGUACACAAAUGGGUUGGCCCAUUUCUUCGAAUUUCACAAUUUUAAUAGUUAGAGUUUUUUAAGAAUUGACAGGAAGAUGAAGAAUAGAAUUUCUUUUCCACAGUGUGGUAUGUUGUAAAUGAGAUAUUAAAAUACUACUUCAUAUAAAUUCUACUCACAAACCUUAACCACUUAAUUUUGUCUUCAAUAAAGUCAGUAUUUGUGCUAAAACCGUUGUAGGCACACAAAAAAAUCUGAAAUCAAGCACAGACUACAAUAUUGAGCUUUAUCAACUUUUUUGUAGGGUUAAACAAGUGUACUGAAAAAAAAAAUUAUUUUUCGUUUAUAAUUUUAUUAAUGAUUUAUAGUGUAUAUUUCUCUUUACGUGUAAUAAAUAAUACUAUAUUAUUUCUAUCUUCA